AUGAACAGGCCGGGAGACUGGAACUGCAGGUCGUGCCAGCACCUCAACUUCCAGAGGAGGGACUCGUGCCAGCGGUGCGGCGACCCGAGGCCUGGAGCUGCGGGUGACUACGGCGGGAGGAUGGGUUCGCCGUUCGGGUUGAUAACCGGUCCGGAUGUCAGGCCCGGGGACUGGUACUGUUCGGUCGGCAACUGCGGGGCCCACAACUUCGCCAGCCGAUCCAGCUGCUUCAAAUGUGGGGCCCUCAAGGACGACGCCGCCUCCGGAGGAGGAGGUGGAUUUGACGGCGACUUCUCGCGUGUCCGCGGCGGCUUUGGAUUCGGCGGCGGCUGCGGCGGCGGCGGCGGCAGCCGCUCAGGGUGGAAGUCCGGCGACUGGAUUUGCACUAGAUCGGGAUGCAACGAGCACAACUUCGCGAGCCGGAUGGAGUGCUUCAGGUGCAACGCGCCAAGGGAAUUCAGUGGCAAAUCUUCAUUUUAA